AUGAUAUCACCGGCGAACUCGGCCAUCUCUCGCAACUCCGGCGAAAUCGGUUAUCAAAUCCGACGAGACCAAACGAUUUCUCCGAUGAAUGUGAUGAGCUCUCCGAACAAACCAGACCUCGUCUAUCUCGACCAAUAUGACCGCGUCGAGCUCCCUCGUCUUCGUCACGAGAGAGACCUUAACCCUUACCUCACCACCUCUGAGCUUUCUCAGCUCAUGAAAUGGAAGCUCUCUCGCGGCAAAUGGAGGCCGCGUCUGCUCGACUUCGUGUCGUCUCUGGAAGAUUCAGUGGUGAAAUCUGCUUCUGAAAAGGCGUUCAAAGCUCUCCCUAACAUCUCAAACGCUGUUAAAGAGCUCACUAUUCUUAAAGGUGUGGGUCCUGCCACCGCUUCAGCAGUUUUUGCUUCUUACGCGCCAGACAUUUCUCCGUUUAAGUCCGACGAGGUACAGUGCAGCUAUGGACUGAGAGUUGAUGAGUAUUCGUGUCAAGAAGAAGGUGGAUUUAUCAAAGGCGAGAAAGAGGAUGAGAAGGUGAAAUCUUCACCUGGGUUUGAUGAUGCCAAAUCUUCCAAGGGAGCUUCUGAGAAUGAUUCUGAAGAUGAUGAGUUCUAUGAUAUUGAGAGGUCGGAUUCUCAGGAUGGUUUGUCUUCAGAUGGUACUAGUGUCUCUGGCAUACCUGUUACUGGUGAUGUAACUUCUUUCGCAGUGUCUACUUGGCCCUGGAAGGAAGAACUUGAAGUGCCUAUCCGAGGUGGUGUACCCAUGGCUCUGAGGGGGAGUUCUAGGAACAGCAUAGCUCAGGAGGAUACGCAGCAUGUUGAUGAGAAAGGUUCAAAUACAGAGUCCCUUGCUGUUGUAGAAAAAUGGAAAGGACAGAUAGAAAAGGCUAUGAAUUUCUUUGCUGCGCUUUUAUUGCUGUUGAUGCCCGAAGAGAAUGCCUUUUGGGCAUUGACAGGAAUAAUUGAUGAAUACUUCAAUGGUUAUUAUUCAGAAGAUAUGAUUGAGUCCCAGGUUGAUCAACUAGUUCUGGAGGAGUUGGUUCGAGAAAGAUUUCCGAAAUUGGUUCAUCAUCUGGAUUAUCUUGGAGUGCAAGUGGCUUGGGUUAUAGGGCCAUGGUUUCUUUCCAUCUUCAUGAAUAUGCUUCCAUGGGAAAGUGGUCAGGUUCUAAACAUUAGAAUAGAGCGGUCUUGUUAG